AGGAUAAGGCAAACCUGCCGCAAACGGCCAAACAGUGGGCCGAACAAUUCACAAGCAACACGACUUUCCCGUGAGAACCGUUGGGAGUCCACGCUCCUCCAUCGCGCGUAACUAUCUACCCAGAAAAACUAUGCCCCCAUAAAUCCCGGUCUCGAUAUGGACCCCACCAAAACCAAUCAAACCACCAUUGCAUUUAGAUCCAACGGCUAACAAUAACAUGCGCGCACGAUAAUAUCGGGUACCACCCUGACGGCGCAUGGUAGCCGAUCUCCCCUGUGAAGAGUUAUCGUUCUCGAGAGGAUGCGCUCUGCUCACCCCUCCUCAACCUCCCCGCCAGUUUCAUCUUUCUCUAUCUUUUCUUUUAACUUUUAUCCUUUUUUAAUUUCAGUUUCAGUUCGUUAUUGACCGUUGUAAAAAACGUAACUUUUUUUCCAUCAAAAAUAUUCCAGGUAGUUUAUUUUUCAGCUGUUUUAUUCAAGAUUUGUUUUUUUAAUUGAUUAAUGAUUUGGGUUAUUUUUUAGAGGGAUUCAAAUGGCUAAGAGACCAAGAUUGCAUUGAGAAAUUUAGCUCUCAAGUUGUGUGUAACUGCAAUUUCGAUUAUCUAUUGCAUAAAGAAUGUCAGAAGGAACAAGUAUGGUGAUGGAAUCUUCUGAAAAUGGCACGGAUUUAUCUCAGGAUGAUACUGGAACUAUGGUGGAAAUGGCUGAGGACUCGAUAUUGUCACAACAAACUUCUGUGAAUCUUGUUCCAUUUAUUGGCCAAAGAUUCGUAUCACAGGAUGCUGCUUAUGAAUUCUAUUGCAGUUUUGCCAAACAAUGUGGUUUCUCAAUCAGACGCCAUCGAACUCGAGGGAAAGAUGGGGUUGGUAGAGGAGUCACAAGGAGGGAUUUUACUUGCCAUCGAGGUGGAUAUCCACAGACGAAACUAUCUGAAGAUGGGAAGAUGCAAAGGAAUCGCAUAUCAUUGCGUUGUGGUUGUCAAGCAUAUAUGCGCAUUGUCAAGCGGGCAGAUUUUGAUGUCCCUGAAUGGCGUGUUACUGGCUUUAGCAACAUCCACAACCAUGAACUCUUAAAAGAAAAUGAGUUGCACCUUCUUCCUGCCUACUGCACCAUUACUCCAGAUGACAAAGCUCGGAUUUGCAUGUUUGCAAAAGCUGGAAUGUCAGUGAGACAAAUGUUAAGAUUGAUGGAGCUAGAGAAAGGAGUUAAGUUAGGUUGUUUACCAUUUACAGAGAUAGAUGUGAGAAACCUGCUACAGUCUUUCAGAAAUGUCAAUCGUGAUUAUGAUCCCAUUGAUCUUAUUGCAAUGUGCAAAAAACUGAAAGAUGAAAAUCCUAACUUUCAAUAUGAUUUCAAAUUAGAUGGCCAUAACAGGCUGGAGCAUAUUGCAUGGACUUAUGCUUCAUCUGUACGGCUAUACGAGACAUUUGGAGAUGCUGUGGUUUUUGAUACAACACACCGUAUGGAUUGUUAUGACAUGUUAUUAGGUAUUUGGGUUGGAGUAGACAAUCAUGGAAUGACCUCUUUUUUUGGUUGCUUGCUUUUACGGGAUGAAAACAUGCAAUCUUUUUCUUGGGGAUUGAAGACAUUUCUGGGCUUCAUGAAAGGAAAGGCUCCACAAACCCUACUAACUGACCAAAAUAUGUGGCUUAAAGGGGCCAUUGCUCUCGAAAUGCCGGAAACCAAGCAUGCUUUUUGCAUCUGGCACAUAAUUUCAAAGUUCUCAGAUUGGUUCUCUGUUCUGCUUGGGUCACGAUAUGAUGAUUGGAAAUCUGAUUUUUAUCGGAUUUAUAGUCUGGAAUUAUUAGAAGAUUUUGAAGAAGAAUGGAGGGAAAUGGUUGAUAAAUAUAUACUCCAUGAUAAUAAGCACAUCAUCAGCUUAUAUGCAUUGAGGACUUUUUGGGCUUUGCCAUUCUUGAGGCCUUACUUCUUUGCAGGUUUGGCGAAUUCAUGUCAAUCAGAGAUUAUUAAUGCUUUCAUCCAGAAGAUUUUGAGUGCACAAUCCCAACUAGAUCAAUUUGUGGAGCAGGUGGCUGAGAUUGUUGAAUUCAAUGACCGGGCUGGUUCUAAGCAAAAGAUGCAAAGAAAACUGCAGAAAAUCUGCCUCAAAACCGGCUCACCUAUUGAAUCUCAUGCAGCUACUGUUCUUACACCUUAUGCCUUUGGUAAGCUCCAAGAAGAGCUUUUAUUGGCCCCGCAAUAUGCAUCCUUUCUGGUAGAUGAAGGUUGCUUCCAGGUCAAGCACCAUACCCAGAUGGAGGGAGGUUGCAAAGUUAUUUGGAUUCCGUGUGAAGAGCACAUUAGUUGUAGUUGCCAUCAUUUUGAGUUUUCAGGCAUCCUUUGCAGACAUGUUCUUCGUGUCCUUUCAAGUAAUAACUGUUUCCACAUCCCGGACCAAUAUCUGCCCAGCCGUUGGCGCAUUAAUAGCUCAUCUUCCCCAAAACCAUUAAGGAAUGCAAUGAGAGAGCAUUCUGAAAAGAUUCAGUUGUUAGAGUCCAUGGCUUCAACACUCGUAGCAGAAUCAAUUGAAACAGAGGAACGCCUUGAUGUUGCUUGUGAGCAAACUGCCAUGGUUCUAUCUCGCAUCAAGGACCUUCCUAGGCCAACACAUAGUGCAAAUGAUAUUGUCUACAAUUGUCCAUCCGAUUUGAUUCUACCGGAGGUAGAAGAUGCUGAUGGAAUUGUUCAGAGCUUAACAAUUGGUACUUCUCAUGAACCUCUCUCUUCAGGAAAGCUGAAGGAGAGAAGGCCAAGAGAUGGGAUUGAUAUUACUCGAAAGCGAAGACAUUUUUCUGGCUCUUGCUGUGGGCAGUUUGGACAUGAUUCAUCAGAUUGUCCAAUGAUGGGAGGGGACAAUUUGAAUGGAGAUGCAUUAGGAUAUUUGUAGGCUAAUCUCUAGAAGCCCAUAGUAAGUUUACAAAAGAAAAUGUUUGGUGUUAGUUAGCUACUGUGAUGCCCUUCCUUCUUCCUUCCAAAAUUCAUCCACACAAAAGGAUUUGCUUUGACUCCCUACUCCUAAAAAUCAUCAAUGACAAUCUAAAUUUAUUUGUAUGUCCAUCGGCAUCAGCUUUGUGAUUUGUUAACAGAAUGCUAAAAUUAGUUCAGAUGCAACUAGGGAUGCAACUGUCGGGCAGGAUGGGUUUAUACUCGUCUCGAUUUUAAUCCGACUCCUUAAUAAUUUUACCAAUAUCAUUUUGAUUUAAUAUCGAAUUAUUAUUUAUAUACCCAACUCGAUACAUAUAUGUAUAAUUGUCGAUGCAUGAUAACUUGAACUAUAUAA